AUGGAGCAGCAACUACGUACAUGGUUGCGUUACGGCAUACUGCAUGGCAUUUAUCUGGAUGAAACCAAUAACGGAACAACGUUGCAAGUCCCGCGCAAAGCUAGCAAGCACCAAGCAUGGACUGCCGCACCGAAGAAGCUCACCCUGAGGGUACUGUUACAGCGUGUUCAUAUGUAUAUUUUGCUUUGCGCUAUCGGCGUGCUCUACAUACACGGCCUAACUUGGCUGGACUAUAUACCCGGGCUCAUGCUCACUUGGGUAUCGGGUACGGUAAUCUUUACCACGCAAAUAUGCACGAAUUUCAUCAUUGUGUUGGAGGCGCUGUGGAAGCAGCCAGAGCAUGAGGCUUUCCUUCUGCUCUUGGAUGAGAUUGAGGUAUCCUUGAAGUUGCGUUUGCGGCAGGAUGUGCAACCGCUGUUGUUGCAUAGAAUUGUACGCACACAUUUAAUUUAUCUGCUCGCAUUGUCGCUUGCCUCCAUAACGCUCUUCAUUAUAACCUCACUUUGGUUGAAUUACAUUGGCUACUUUUGGCAUGGGCUUUGGUCCAUAAUAACUAUGCGCCUACGCAUAAUACAGCUGGUUAUCUACGUGCGCGUCUUGAGGCACUAUCUCGAGUGUCUUUGUACGAAAUUGCGUCAAAUUGAAGCAUACCGCACGGCGCCGGCGCAGCAACUGCUGGAUAUCAACUACGAGAAGCUGGCUUCGUUGGAGUAUCUGCUGGCCAUCAAAGAGAUCUACAUGCUGCUGCAUAAGGCAUUUGAGCUGCUCAACAGCUUCGCCGGCUGGUCGAUGUUUAGCAUUAUCGCCUGCUAUAUGUUUGACUUCACCUGCAAUCUAUAUUGGACGCUACUGAGCUUGGAUGGUUUCGUGAGGCGUCGUUAUUAUUACAUAGCUGGCCCAGCCGCCAUGUUGCCGUUAAUCGCGCUCAUUUGUCACUUGUGUUAUUUAUGCGAUAAUUGCACGAAAUUAGGUCGCACGGUGGCGCAUUUACUAAGCAAGAUAACUAUAAUGAGCACCGCUGGCUCACUCAGCUCAUAUCGUCUCGCGUUAUAUCAACUCUCCGCGCAAUUACAACUGCAACGCAUUGAGGUGACGGCGGAGCAUUUCUUUGUUUUGGAAAUGCGCUUCCUAAUGACGGUGAGCCUAGAUGUAUGCUUUUGCUAG